CUCCUGAUUCCUAACUGACUCCUUUAAUCUCGCCACAUCUAACCCCACUAACAGUUGGCACUAACCGACUCAUCCUGACUGCUACACACGUUAACUAUUUUAACUUUUAACUCUAUAACCCAAAACGAGCUGCACCGACUCAAACGACAAUACCUGACUUACCAUCUCCAAGACACUCCUAACAGUUUCUUGUUAAUUAGUUGAGUUGUUACAAAUCCACUUAGAGCAAUAACUGUCGAUUUGAGGACUAAGAUCCGACUACUGAUGAGCAACUGAAAGUAAGUGGUGAUUUUGGCACUUAGAGCAGUUUCUGUGACUAAUGGGAAGGGUGGGUUUAGAUCAGCCUGGGUGAUUGGUGUAUCUGGAGUCCUUUUUUGGGCGGUGGGUUUGGUUGGGAUAUGUAGAUGCCUUUGUUGUUUGAAUUGUAGUUUGAUAAGCAAUGGAUGGUAAUGAGGUGGAAAACGGUUUGGUUGGGAUAUGUAGAUGCCUUUGUUGUUUGAAUUGUAGUUUGAUAAGCAAUGGAUGGUAAUGAGGUGGAAAAGAAUACUUCAAUUACGAUACUUUAUUUGAAGACUAUCGAGAUUAUUGCAUGAAAGAGAAUGUCAAUGAAGUGCAAUGAGGGCAAUAAAGGAACUUAUUCGACAUAUGAUGUUAUACUUGUAUUGUGUUUAUUAGUACUUUGAAAACAAUGUCAUUCAUAUUAAAAAUUAUAAUUAUGAUUAGAAUUGUAUGAUACUCAAUGAAAAAAUUGUGAUAAUCAAUUAGCAGAAAACAGUAGGAAAUAACUAAACAUGUUUUUAUUUUCAGAAUUCAGUUUCAGAACUCACCAAAAUUCUCAGCUAAACACGUUUUCUGCAGGUUUUGUUUUGCAGAAUAUGAAAGUUAUGUUUUCAUUUUAUUUUGUUUUCUGUUGUGGCAUAUAUAAAAAAUGGAAUGGCAAGUGAACGGGCCAUUGGACUCCCCUUCUGGCCGCCAUCGCACGCCGCCGCGACUCUCUAAGAACUCGCACUUCCAUCCCCGCCAAUGCUUCUUCUUCCUCAAAACCUUGUCGCCUUUCAGUUUCGCAUCCUAACUCCAUCUCAAGCUCUCUACUAAGUAACUAUCUGGCUGACGCGGGAAGAACACGAGCGGAACGAAACCAAAAGAAGGCGAAAUGAUGCAGAUAUGUAGAAGCUUGAGACAACUUUUAAGGUUUUCCCGGCGCAUUUCUUCUGGAAUAUACUUAGGGCAGAGCGGAGAAGCCAGAAGAGGUUACUCUGUCUCCACUUCAGUCGCCCCAUUUCGUUCAUUUCUUAGAACCACCAACUACCCAGGAAUACUUUGGUGGAACUUCUCUUAUUCUCAGAGGUACUCGACAGCAUCAGAAGAAGCAUCUACUAGUAUUCCUGCCCCUGCAGCAGAUGGUGAGGUGGUCUCCUUUGUUCGAUCCAUUGCCGAUGAGCAUGAAGGCCCAAAUCAUGUUUGGUUAAAUGUAUAUUAUGGAGAUAAACCCUUCUUGAAGAGAAAUGGGACAUUUUUAAUCCUCGCUGGACAGUUCUUACAGGAUUCUGAAAUAAUUGCCAUGCUUGAAAAAGUGAAGUUGCUUCAGCAGAGAUUCUCCGAACUUUGUGUUUUGGGCCUUCAUACCGGGAGUUCUGCUAGCUUCGCUGCUGAUCGAGAUCAUGUUAUUGACUUGAUAAUGAAAGAAUACAUCACCUUCCCCAUUCUGUUGUCAAACAAGAACUUCACAGAGAUGGAAAACGGAGCCUGCUACAUUAUGUUCAGAGACUCAGAGAAUCCUCUAGUUCAGCAUGAGAAGGAUCUGGAUAUUGGAACACUUUAUGCAGUGGUAGAGGAGAUGCAAGUACUACAAAAACAGAAUCCUGGUGAUGGAAACUCCAGUAUGGCUUGUUUGAAAAGCACUUGGACAAAACUAGCUGAUGCUGUGAAGGAACCAUACAUUGUUUCACCUAUUCAGAACUUGCUUCUCUAUUUCCCAGGCUGUAUAUCUGCAGAUAUAAGUGGCAGUCGGCUAUUCUUUUCUGACACCAAUCAUCACCGUAUCAUCAUUUCUGAUGGUAAUGGAAGUAUUCUUGACUGUAUUGGUUCUUCUCCAGGUUUUGAGGAUGGAGACUUUGAGUGUGCCAAGCUAUUGCGCCCUGGAGCUUCCUUUUAUGAUGACACUGAGGAUUGUCUGUAUUUCGUAGACUCAGAGAACCAUGCAGUCAGGAGAGCUGACUUGGAGAGACGGGUUCUAGAGACGUUAUAUCCUUCUUCUAGUGCUACUGUAGAAAAGGAAAGUCUAUGGACAAAGAUCGCAAGUAAACUGGGCUUUGGAAUUGCUGCUGUUGAAGCUAAAUCCGAAGAGUUUGAUCCCCAGUCUUUACUGUUUCCUUGGCAUCUAUUGAAGUCAGAAGAGGAGGAUCACUGCUUAAUCAUUAACCGGAGCUUUGAGACACUAUGGGUAAUGGAUUUGACCACUGGAGAGAUAAAAGAUGUUAUCAAAGGAUUCCAAAAGAUUCGAGAUACCUGUGGAAAUUUGAUCACAGAUAAAUUAUCUCUCUUGAAGGAAAUGCCAAGUGAUUGGUUGGAACAGCAGGCUGGUACUUACUUGUCAAGUAAAGAUACCUUGUAUGCUACCCUCAUAUCAUCACUUACAGCUUUCAACGGCCACGUGUUUGCUUGUGAUACAACUGCACAGAAGGUGGUGAAAAUGAAUAGAGAAACUAGGGCCUGCUCCAUGUUUCAGUUGGUGAAUUACAGGAUCCUUGGACUACCCUACUGGUGCUCCUUCCCACUGGAGAGGGUAUAUUCCCUUUCUCCAACUCAUGAGUUGUGGACUGAUCAUCUUCAACACUUCAACCAAUUGCCAGGCAGGACAGACGUAGAUAUAAAGGUCGACAUUCCAAUAGAUACUGAACUGGUUGAACCAUUGCAUGAGGGAUGUAUCUGGCGUCAGGCAAGAGGAGCUGCUACUGAAGUCUCAGGAACAAACGCUGAACUGGAAUCUUCGGAAAAGGUUGGUGUUGCCCAGAAGUGGUAUGAUGAACUCGAUAAUCUGGCAUUUUCAUCGGCUGCUGAAUCAGAGACAAUUGUGGAGGAUGAUGAUAGCACAAUUGCAGACACUGAGAAUUUUGAGGACGACAAAGUUCGGAUUCAUUGUGCAGUUAAUACGAGCCCUGGCUUGAGUGAGGUGAUCAUAUAUGCACCACUGUAUCUGAGACUCAGAAGAGAUGCGAAUGUAGAUGAAGAAGAUAAUCAGGAUAAACAUGCAGCGAGGAUAGCUGAUAUCCUAAAAUGGGGUAGUCACGGCUUAACCACAAGAGAUUCAUGCAUUCAGCUCUUGUCAAGAUCAGAAAAGGAUUUGAGAGACCUCGUCUUUGUGAAACCACUGCAUGUCAGAAUAAGAAUAGAAUGCCCUAAUCACCCUAAGGCACCCGAUAACACGAAAGAUAUCAUAUUGACCAAUUCCACUGUUGAUGUCCAUGUCUCACUUUGAGCAAGUAAAAGGACCAUGAGGGCAAUUGAUUCAUAACUCAGUUUUGGUGAUGUUGGUAUAGUUGAAUCUGGAUCUCCAGUUCUCUGGAUGGCUUAUUCAAGGAUCCAUUGUCUUAUUGAUUGAUCUUUUGAAGCUUCAAAGGAAGCUCUCAGUUUUGGUGAUGUUGGUAUUGUCAAUCAAUUACCAGUUCUUCUGAACUAGACCGUUCCAAUAAAUGUGUAGUGGUUAG